CAAACUAGUAAGAUUACCAUAAUACCCCUACUAGAUAUUAUAAUAGAUUUUAUUUUAUAAAAAUAGUUUGCCACUUUUAUUAAUAUCUCAAUAAUUAACCCAAAAACAGAGGGAGCUUAGUAUCUUGAAGUAAAGGGUUUGAUGAUGAAUGGCGUAAAGCAAACAUAAUUCAAAUGAUUGCGUGCCUGGAAAUCUCAAUCCAAUGGGGCCAUAAUUAUCUUAAUUAAUCUUCAUUAUAAUAAGAUCAUCAUGGAAUCUUAUUCAUCUACUUUUGUUUUCAAAUAAAUUCAAAGAUUCUAGGACUGGAAGUACAAGAAAAACACAUCAUCCUUCCUCUUUUUUCUUAGUGUGUACUAAGAUAAAUUAUUACUCCGUAAAUGAUUUAAUACGAUUCGCAGUGUGGCGGAAGAAGAAGGAGAAGUAGAAGUAGUAGGAAAGGUGGGAAAGGUAGGAGGUGGUGGAGAGUUAUUAGAAGGGAUAUUUGAUUGUAUCCAUGAAAUCACUGGAAUUAUUGCAUCAACUUCAUCUGGGUUUCUUCCUUGGAGGAUGAAGGAUUCCGCUUACAGAGUUCAUACUACUUCUCGACUUGCUCAAUGGCGUAUCGACAACCUCUCUUCUUGUACUUAUCGUCGUUCUGAUCCUUUCAAGAUUGGUCUCUGGAACUGGCACUUGGCUUUGGAGAAAAAUAGAGUGUUGAUGCUAAAGUUGUAUCCGGAGAUAUCCAAUUUGAGCAGAGAGAAUCCGCCAAUUGCCUCUUUUGUUAUCCGGGUCUUGUCUUCUGUUGGUGACCGCAAACACCUCGUCCACCCUGAAAUAACAGACCAGCAGCUUAAAAGCAACGACGAUUUCAUUUGGCCUAUUGACGUUCCACUAACCGGGAAAUUCAUCAUUGAUGUUGAAUUUCUCGACUUGAAGACUUCAUCUCCACACGGUGGGGAGCCUUGUUCAAUUUGGGCAGAAGGGUCAAGCAGCAGAAGAUCUAACACUUCAGCCCUCAGCAGCCUAAGACGAAUGCUAACAGAGGGCAUCUACACAGACAUCACAAUCAACACAUCCAACGGGUGUGUUGGUGCACACAGGGCAGUUUUAGCAGCACGGUCUCCUGUCUUUCAAACCAUGUUCGCUCACAACCUACAGGAAAAAGAACAAUCCACCAUAAACAUAUCAGACAUGACAGUAGACUCGUGUCAGGCAUUGCUUAGUUACCUGUACGGCUGUAUUGAGCACAAGGAGUUCCUACACCACCGACUUUCCCUCCUCCGUGCAGCUGACAAGUAUGACAUCGCCGACCUCAAAGAAGCCUGCCACUUCAGUCUGCUUGAGGACAUUGAUGCUAAGAAUGUUCUAGAAAGACUACAGAAUGCUUCCCUGUAUCAGUUGCCUGAACUUAAGAGUAACUGUAUGAGGUAUUUGGUACAGUUUGGGAAGAUAUUUGAUCUUCGUGAUGAUUUCAAUGUGUUUGUUCAGUGUGCAGAUAGGGAGUUGAUUGCUGAAAUCUUCCAAGAAAUUCUUGCUACUUGGAAAGGUUUCUGAUUCUUUAUUAAUGCAUGCCUAAUGGAAAUAUAGUUUACUCCAGGGCUUGCUUAUUAAUUAAGUUAUAAUUGGUUCAUGUGUUGAUGUACAUUACACACAAUAUGUUUGAUUGUUAUAUGAAGUUUUACCAGAUUCUUGUACUGAUUUCUUUCUGUUUUGAUAUGUAUGUAAACAUAUAUAUACGGAUUACCACGUAUAAAGUACAAGUUCUUUGAA